GCAGACCGCAAGGCAGACGUAAAGAUUAUUCCUCCCUUGCUAGGGCCAGCACUUCUGGGCUGCGAGAUGCUGUUGUGCGUGCUAUGCAUGCUAAAAUUCUACAUAGAACCCUCCGUGGCUUCUUCAGACGAGGCAAUAGUCGCGGGAGAACGAUACAUAAUGCUCGUUGGUGCUCUUUGCCUGCUUUUCGGCUUCGUGGCGCACACCUGGCGAGGUUAUGCUCGCAGCAUUGAGACGCUGCAACUGCAACUCCGUGAGUUCAAGGUCGAGCAUGCCAGAAGCGCUUGCUGCGACCGCGGCCGCGAAGACAACUCGGGUAUAACAUGCGACCGUGAGAUCAUUCUUCAGUGCAUCGCUGCGUGGUACAACUCGCUGGGCAGCUUCGAAUCGCAAGUGCAAACUGAAGUCCGGAUGGCCGUCAUCGAUCAGCUUGGAUACAAAGUCUUCUCUUAUCAGCGAGCCUUGCUAAUGUUGACUCCGCAUGCCUGGCUUCGUCUCGAGUAUGUUUCUAGCCAUGCAGGAGAUGCCAUCCGACAGGUAGCCGAACUGGCCCAGAUGUUCACGUACUUGCUGGCAAUUUUCCCUGUGGUGCACAAACUGGGCAUCCGUUUGUGCUACCGGUUGCGAGCACGAUGUUGCAAUCCCUGUUUGGACUUCUUGCUAUCGAUGGCCAUCGUGAUGGGAACCUUCACACUCUUCGUCGCCUGCUACGCGGUCCAGCUCUAUGUCUUCCGUCAAAACGACCAGGGCCUUCUCCUGAGCGUCCUCCAAAAGCGGGCGGACGGCCGGUCGAAGUGGCUCGCCAAGGCCUUGAUCCAGGCAUCCGACGGGCGAAUGGAUGCGCAGAGCCUCUAUAGCGUGGUGGCGCACAACCGCUUCAUAGAAGACUUGACUGAGAAGACCGGCAACAAAAUGUACCGGGCCCUGCACGCCAAUCUCCACGUCUUCUCGUCGAAGCAGCGGCGGUUCUUGGAGAAGGACUGUGCCCUGGCAAAGAAGUAUGCGAAGACUGCUUUCGCGGGCGUGCAGAAGGAUGCCCCGGAUGAAGACAGCAAGCAGGAGCAGGCUGCCAAUGCCAUCGAAGACAUGAUGGCGAGGUGUCGGGCCUUCGUCCGCGAGAAGCAGUCUGAACGCGGUGAGCGUGGCGAGCAGGGAGAAAACGGAGAUGAUGGCGCCCAGGAGGAGGCUGCCGCGGCGGAGCCCAGCGGCGAGGUCGAAGCUCCGGCAGAGGAGGAAGCGCCUGCGGCAACUCCUGCCCCUGCCGUGACGACAGGCCUGGCCAGUCGCAGCCGUAGCGCCCCGAAGGCCAAGGAAAAGCAGGCGACAAAAGCCAAGAGCAAGAAGAAGCGAGAGUCCUCCUCGCCUUCCAGACGGCACUCGAGCUCUUCUGGAAGUCGAAAGAGGAGGAAGAAGCGCUCCCGAAAAGACUCCCGGAGCUCUUCGAGCUCAGGCCGGCAUGAGGCCAAAAAGUCGGGCAAGCGAAAGUCCAAGGAUUCGGAGUCCUCCGACAGGAGCAAGAAGCGCAAGAAGAAAAAGCACCACUGA